GUUGAUUGGAUUGUUCCUCCCCUCCCCUCCCUUUUCGUCUUCUUCCUCUUCCUCCUCCUUCUUCUUCUUCAGAUGUUCUGACUCAUUAUCAUCGAUCGAUCGAUCAUCUGCGUUAUUUCUCUAUUGCAUUGCUUCACUUCCUUGAUUGUCUUCGUCGUCGUCACAAUCAUCUGUCGUCAUUUUUAUGUUGGAUCCAAAUUCAUUCAUUCAUUCAUCUGUGCGUUAUUGUUCCAAUCGAAUAAGAUAAGACCGUACGUACGUCGUCGUCGUCGUCGUAUAAAUGGGGAGGAAAAACAAAAGACUAGAAGACUACGUCGACAGGAGGCUUCCCAGACUUGGCAGCUACGCUAUUGCUUCUUCCGCUAGAGACCCUACCUGCGUCUCCUGCACAACUUUCAACAUUCUCGCUCCUAUCUACAAACGAAUCAAUCAACAGGAUCCCCAACACAGAGAAAGUGAUAUCAAAGAAGUUUGGAUGAAAAGGAACAAACGGAUUUUGGAUUGGCUUUUGAGUGAAAGAUCUGCAAUUAUCUGCCUCCAGGAAUUCUGGCUUGGGAAUGCAGAGCUGGUAAGCAUUUACGAUAAGAGGCUUGGAACUGCUGGCUAUUACACUUUCAAGCUCGCUAGAACAAACAAUCGAGGCGAUGGUCUCUUCACUGCUGUGCACAAGGACUACUUUAGAAUCAUCAGCCACAAAGGUUUGCUGUUCAAUGAUUUUGCGGAUCGUGUUGCUCAGCUAGUUCACGUCGAGCUAAUUGCUCCCUUCCGAGAAAACAACAACAACAUCAAUGUCGGCCAGCAAAUUCUCAUAGUCAACAUCCAUUUGUUAUUUCCACACGAUUCGAGUUACAGCUUGGAGAGACUGCGUCAGGUCUACAAAAUCCUGCAUUAUCUAGAGUCGUAUCAGAAAGAAAACAAGCUCAAUCCCUUACCUGUUUUGCUCUGUGGUGAUUUGAAUGGGAGCAAGAAAGGUCAUGUUUACAAGUUCCUCAGGUCUCAGGGAUUCAUAUCAUCUUAUGAUACAGCACAUCUGUAUGCUGACACAGAUGCUCAAAAGUGGGUGAGCCAUCGAAAUCAUCGUGGGGACAAUUGUGGUGUAGAUUUUAUACUUCUGCUCAAUCCUAAUAGAUACAGAAGAUUGCUCAAAACACCUUGGAGUGAAGCUCUAUUUGGAAUGCUCAAGUAUCAACUGAGGAGAGUAUCGUUAAGUGAGGACGAUGCAUUUGCGUUAUUAAAGGCAGGGAGCAAUGGGGAUUGCAUCAACUACUUGGGAUUCUGCGAAGCACUCAGACGGCUGAACUUGAUCGGUCCCUAUCAUGGAUUGCGGGUUGAUGAGAUGAGGGAAUUGUGGAUACAGGCAGAUAUGGAUGGAAAAGGCUUUAUUGACUACAAAAUAUUCAAGAGAAUUUGGAAUUCAAAGUCAGAGGUGGUGCAAGGAGAUCAUAAAGUGAAUAAUAACAAUAAUCAUACUCAUAAUAGUAAUAGUAAUGAGGUACGGCGGCAAUGGCACAACAGCAGCAACAAUGGCACAGCGGAGCAAAGCAUUGGAUUCAGCGUAAAGGCAGCGGUUCUUUUCCCGGCCGAAGUCGAGAAAGGAAAGUGGCCGGAGGAUUACGUCCUCUCCGAUCAUGCUCGGCUCACUGUUGUCUUUUCGCCACUCAAAAUGCCUUCUUUUUCUUCUUCUUCUUCCUGAUCUUUCUUCGAGUUUUACACUGUAAGUAAAUACAAACAAGGCUAUGUGUGAAUAUAAAAUCUAAAGAUUUUGGAUAUAAUUUUUAUU